CUGCUGCGUUGUUGCAGAAGAGAAAUCGAUAAAAGUGCAGAAGUGAAAUCGGCAGGAGGAAGAAAAAGAAGAAGAAGAAGAAGAAGAAGAAGAAGAAGAAGCGACCGACAGGACAGGACAGCGGAGGAGGCAGGUCACUAAUAUUCCACCCUGCAGCUUGUAGAGAGAAUGUGAAGGUGCGUCGCUGAUUAUGAAUAUGAAUAAAGCGAAGAUGUGAUUCGAGGUAAAACACCCGGAACUGCUGCUGCUGCUGCUGCUGCUCACAAGACCGGGACAUGUGAUAUCGAUUAGAGAAACUCAGCCUGGUUUCAGCCCCUGGAGCCCGACACACAAGAGGAACAGCUCAAGUCAACGUUGACGUUGAUGGAUCGGUGUCACAGAGUUGGAUACAAUAAGGUCCUGCUGGAUGAAGCCUCCAAGAAGCACAUGACAGAGGAGGAGUCCAUGGAGUUCUCGGUAUCAUAGCAUUCAUCAUCAAAAGAAGAGGAAGCCACAGUCGUCGGCUCAUUAAUAAUUUCCGCCCUCGAACGACUUCAAUGAACUCUUCAAGACGCAGAGCAAACAUGGUGCACGUGUACAACUGUCAUCCGUAUGCCUCGCAGCAGAUAGUGCAGGUGGAGCAGGAGCCUCGAUUGGUCUGUUGUGGAGGCGGAGCCCUGUUUGUCGUGGCUACUGGAGGAUGCAAGGUGGAGGCGUACAGUCUGGAGCAGGAGGGCUGCCCACUCAUCUGUCGCUUCGCCACCAUGGGCACCGUGAGGAGCAUCCAGCACAGCAAGAUAGGAGACUACCUGGUGACCACCGAGGAAAAGAACAGCGCCACCUACCUGAGGGCCUACACCAACUGGAGACACCAGGCCGAGGGGAAAGCCCGCGUCGGGGUGCGUCUGCUGGGCCACCUGCUGCGCGGGGCGUCGGUGCGGGGCGGCGCGCAGAUGGAGAUCAUCGAGAUCCCGCUGUCGGAGCGUCCCGUCGCCGUGGCGUGUUGCCCGGUGACGGGGGACCUCCUGGUCGGCUGCGAGAACACCCUGGUUCUGUUCACACUGAGGCGGCAGAGCCAGCAGAACCUGCAGAAUCAGAGUACGCAGAACCUUCAGAGCCCCUGGUCGAACGCUCAGCAGAGUCAAGGUCAGACCUCCGGUUCAAACCUCAACAUUUCCAUCCUGGACUUUGAACGCUCCGUCAUCGUGCAUCUUCCAAAGAUCACACCCAAACAGGUGGCGCUGUGUGGAGGAUAUGUAGCAGUGCAGGCAGAGCUGGAGGUGCUCGUACUCAAACUGGAUUCAUCCUCUGAACCUAAAACCCUGGACGACUCGUUGGACACAAGUAAAAAUGUCGAUCGCCUAGACGACCAGAGUGACCUCCUGUUCGUCCCGAGGCAGCAGGAGUUGCUCGGCGACCGGGCCAAAGACUGUGACAUCCCCGUCAGCAUCGAGAAGACCGGGCUGGAGGACAAGGGGCAGUACACGCUGUCCUAUGUUCUUUUCAGGCGAUUCACUCCGGAGUUUUUCCAGGGCUGCAGUGUGGAGGAGACGCAACUUCAUUCCCUGCAGCUCUAUCCGCUCUUCACCAGUUCCCAGUCGGUGUCCACAGAAGAACCGGCGUGCGUGUUCUGCUUCUUCUCGCUCCCCAACGCCGGCUACCUGUACAGCCUGAAGGGCGGAGUCGAGCUGCUCUCGGCCUAUCAGUAUCCAGAGAAGGUCCUGGAGGCGGUGCUAACGGACCAGCUGCUGCACGUCAUAACGAAGAAUGCGUUGCAGUGUUUCACAGUGCGCUGCGCUGCAGUGGCAGCCAGGAUCGAAGACCCCUACAUCGACACCACCAUGAAGGCCUGUCCGCCCUGCAGCCUGGAGGUGUGCGCCCUCAGGAUGCAGCUGUUCAUCGGCCUGCGCUCGGUGUGCGUCCACGGCCGCCACGUCAUCCUGCUCUCCGCCGCCGACACGGAGCCGCCGGAGGAGGCCGAGCGCAGCACGCCGCGCAGGGCACUCGAGUUGAAAGAACACACCAGGCUGACUGGUAUUUUCCUGGCGGUGGGAAUCGAUCCGGCAACCACGCCGGCUCUGGAGAGCUUUCUGUCGCGCCCCUUCCUGAGCAGGAAGUGGACAAUCUCUUCGCCCAAAGAAACCAGUGCGGCCGCACACGGAUCAUGGAACCUGUACGUGGUCGGCACCGUGCCCCCCCUCGCUCUCUACCAAGAGAUGGUCGAGUACAGUCGACAGUACGCGGAGACCAACCCGCAGGCCCAGAGCCUCCGGCACCUCCUCAGUGAAGCUCACCUCCUCCUCCGCGCCGCCCUGCUGCAAACACCGGAGCAGCAGCGGCGGAGCGGCGAGGGCGACCGCACCGCGUCCGCAGGCCGACAGACGGACAGACAGGAAGUGGAGGCGGCGUUCAGGCAGAACUGUGCACAGCUGGGAGACUGUUUCAGCAGGGCGAGCCAGAAGGACUGCCACUUGGCUUUACCGUACUACAGGAUGUCCGGUCUGCCCGUCACCGAGGUCAUGGCCAGGAACCGCCCACUUUCCAGCGGCCCGCAGUCUCACGGCCUGGGCUUCCUGUUUUACCUGAAGCAUUUCCUCUUCGAAGAAACCGAGCAGAGCCUCAGCCAGGAAUCAGCGGACGAGGUCGUAGACAUUUUUAGCCAAUCGGAUCCCUCGGAGCUCAUCAGCGUGUGUGCCAGCCCGUCUAUGGUAAACAUUGGCCCCGCGCGGACACUGCGCAUUUUGCACCACCUGGAGGCCACCGCCGGCGUGUCAGUCCCUCUGACCAUCACCAUGGCAACCAUGAUGCUGCGCCUGGAGGACCUGCCGCGCUACACGCAGCUGAUGGACAGACACGCCGAGAUGCUGCUGGUGUACGGUUUCAUCGACGAGCCCAGGCUGCUGCUCCACGGCGGAGGCGGAGGUGGGGGCCCGCACACACACGUCCGUCCCACGGCGCUCACUCGCCAGCUGGCCAAGUCCCAGCCCGGGCUACUGGUGGCCGGCAUGGUGGCUCUCCAUGAGAACAACAAAGUUCAGCUGGAACAGGCGGACCACAUAUUCAAGGAGCUGGACUGUGAGAACUGCCUGCAGGUGGACUUCUGGGAGGCGACGCUCAUGGCCUCUUCGCAGGAAGCCGUCAUCCAGGAGCUCCUGUUCAGGCUGGCCUCCGUCUACAUCGAUCGACUGACGCACACACACUCGCCAGACGCGCAGUCCAGCCUCCCUCGCGCAUCUGCCAAACGCAGGUCGCUGAAGAGCGCCGACGAUCUGAUCAACUCGUGCUCCCAUUACGGCGCCCUGUACCCGUGGCUCACUGUUCUGUGUCCGGCCCACACUACCAGCUACCAACACCAGGAGGCGUUACACAAACUGCAGUCUCUGCUGUGCGGUCCGUCCUUGUCCGUCGGCUCCGUCCAGCCGCUGCUGGAGCGCCUGUCGGAGGAAACGCUGUGGGGCUUCAGCCUGCACCUCCUCUGCGCCACAAGAGGGGGGCGGUACGACCUCGGCAUCGAGAAGCUGCUGGACAGGUGUCCUCAGGCCAUCAUAGCCUUCGCCAAUCACCAUUUACAGGACAAGAACAUGGCGUUGUGGUGGCAGAAGCUGCUCCCAGAGCUCUGUGACCGAACGAGAGCUGCCGCUGACAACAGCAUCCUGUUGGCUGCGCUAAAAGAGACGCUGGUGGUGGUCGCCACGGAGACGAGCCCCGCGCAGUUCCUGGAGCUCAUACCCGACGACGGCACGGCGUCGUACUUCCUGCCCCACCUGCUCACGUGUAGCCAGAGACACUUGUUGGCCUGAGACCACACACACACACACACACACACACACACACACACACACACACACACACACACACACACACACACACACACACACGCACACGUUCUCCUUAAUCCUGGUUCUAUAAUAAGAAUAACAUGAAUUGCUCUUUGUUUAUUUAGCCCCCGCUCCCCCCAAAAAAUUACAGUAUGACAGUAGAUUACAUCAGUGAAACAGUAUUGAGAAGUUGGUUUUGAACUGAAUUUUGCGCCGAAGAUAGAAAACAACGUGGAACACUUGGACGAGGCCAUUGUAGGCGACGCCAGAUAAUGACACAAACUGUACAUCAAUAAACAGCUGUAACACAUGUUGCAGUGGUCACACUCA